AUGAAACAUUACGAGAUCUCGAUCGCUUCGCAAGAGGGUUGCUGUACUGCUGCAGGGAAGCCGAUCACCCAAUCUUACAUGCAGCCAGUGGUGAACGAUGACAAGAAAUUCGCCGUGUCCCUGGAUGUGUUGAAAUUCCGUCCCGAAGUGCUGAACGUUCACCUAAAUGGAAGACAGCUCACCAUCGAAGGCAAUCAGGAGCACAAGAGCGAAAAUACUUUCAUCACUAGCCAUGGGUCCUUGCAACUAUACACAGUGCCCGCACAUUUCAGAUCUUUCCUUCGCAAAUGGAUCUUUCCUGAGAAUAUUAACCUUGAAGCGAUUCAAACUUAG